CAUCUCACUACUCAUACAUAUACAUGUACUGCUACCUCCACACCCGGCAAGCGAGCGCGACAAAGUGUCACCGCCUUGAAAUGUAUGAUUCACGAACAACUGACCCAACAAAAACCGCUUAACAGUCUACUGCUAUAUGUUAUCAUGCCUCCCAUGUCUUGAAUCCUUUGGCGCCGUUUUGGGGUCUCCCUUCAUCCAGUUCUAGAAGCUCAGCCGUACCGCCUCAAGCCAGUUACAAAGCAACGGUGCACGAGGGGCCUGUCAUCGACAUCAUCACUUUAAAACAAUCACUCACAUCUAGAGGCUCUUGUCUUUCCUAUUCCUGCUCGACGGCAUUUUGAUCUACUUAAACACGCCUGGAUUUUCUCUAUACUCUUAGAACGCCGUCUCGCUUGCUCGGUCUCGAUAAACAGCCGGUUUCUUCGGGCUAUGCGAGGUCGGAAGAGCGCAUCACUUGUAUUAUACUGCCGCCAGAUGAUACCCUGAUUACCAUCCACCAGCGCAAUGGGCUCAAUCGGCGAUUUAUCCCCAGGAGGGAGCAUAGCCGUCGGAAUCAUUGUCGGCUUGUUAUCCACAGGUGUACAAAGCCUUGGAAUAACACUUCAACGCAAAUCACACAUCCUUGAAGACGAAAAGAGUCCCCACGAUAUACGAAGACCACCACACCGCAGGAGAAGAUGGCAAAUUGGCAUGGGCAUGUUUAUAGUCUCCAACUUGCUGGGUAGUACCGUUCAGAUUUCGACGCUUCCGCUCCCAGUUCUCUCGACUCUCCAGGCCUCAGGCCUGGUCUUCAACUCGAUAUGCGCUUCCCUAAUUCUGGGGGAGCCGUUCACACAGUGGUCCAUCGGUGGCACGUUGCUUGUUUGCACCGGUGCGCUACUGAUCGCCAUCUUUGGAGCCAUCCCGAGCCCUCCGCAUACACUCGACGAGCUUCUCAUUCUGCUUGGCCGCACCCCAUUCGUGGUCUGGAUGUGUCUGCAAGCCGUGCUUGUCAUUGCUGUGGCGGCUGCGACGGAGUCUCUCAAUCACAUUUUCAAGAAACUGGCGCAGAACCCUAGGUUUCGGCUGGUCCGAGGCUUGGCUUAUGGCUGCAUCAGUGGUAUUUUGUCGGCACACUCGUUGCUUGUGGCCAAAUCUGCAGUGGAGCUUGUCAUCAAAACGCUGACAGGUGGAAGUAACCAGUUUGUCCAUUGGCAAUCGUGGGUUUUACUUCUUGCCCUCGUGACACUGGCCCUAACUCAGCUAUACUAUCUACACAGGGGCCUCAAGCUCGUUUCCACGUCGGUCCUAUAUCCAUUGGUGUUUUGCGUCUACAACAUCAUUGCCAUCCUUGAUGGUCUCAUUUACUUUGACCAAAUGAACCAGCUUAGCCUGAAGAGUGCCCUACUCAUCGCAUUGGGCACUGUCAUUUUGCUUUCUGGUGUCUUGGCACUCUCGUGGCGUCUCAGCGAUGAGCAGCAUCCGCCAGCAGUCGGCCAGUCUACGCUUGCGCCAGGUCUGGGCCUUGUCGAGGACACGGAUGGCGAAGAAGACGACGAGGAAGGUCUCCUGCUCGCUUCAGACUUUGGCGGUGUCGGAGACGAGGAUGAUGUCCUAGCGUCGAGCACUUACACAACAUACCAGACGGUGGGCAAUGAACGCAGGCCAUCGCUGCUCGCACUGGGAGAUCAACCAAGACCUCUAUCCCUGAAUCUCACACCAACGCGGAAGAAGACGUCUUACUCUUCGAAGCGUACGAGCUGGGCGGAGCGUGUCGAAAUUUGGGGCGAGCUUGAGGACCUCGAACGACCUGCAUCUCCAGCCUUUAGCAGAAGUCGGAGCCAUACACUACCUUCCAUGGUCGGUGGAUAUGACAUGUCACCUCGCAGAGGGUUCAGUAGCGGCAGUCCAUUUGGUCCCGGCGGCGCGGCGGUCCCUGAAGCGGCCGAGGACGCAGGGGAUGAUGCAGACACUGAGGCUCAACAUGGUCGUUUACGACUCCGUCGCCGCAGGCGGUCCACCGGAUUUCCAGGAUUUCAUGCUAGGAAGACUCGAAGGAAGAGUUCAGGAGGACUCCAAGACGCUAUCAGCGGACUCUGGAGAAACAGGUGGUGGAACACGUCAUCUGGGUCCAAGGGCAAAGGUCCUGCUGCCAACCCACAAGGGGAUGACAUACCUGCUUUCCCCCCUUAUAGGGAUGACCCCGAUGAUGAAGAACAUGGUGGGCCAAGUCCGAACAGUCCAAGCUCUUCGAGACGUGACGGACCACCAGGGAACGAUUCGAGCGUAUAAAAUAUUGACUAUGAGUUGGAGUAGGCGUUUUUAAUUUGAAAUGUUAUGACAUUUAUACAGCUGAUGGUUCCACGUCAGCAAAACCCCAGGCUUGAUUCAUUACCUUUCUUUCAACGUGUUCAUUAAGUUAUGGUCUUUUCAAAAUAGACAGCGACUAUUGUAUACCUUCUCCUUAGCUCGCUCAUCUCUUAGCAACCAAGACUACUGGCUCACCGUUCUUUAUCUGAACG